UAGUAGAGCCACCUCAGCUGACUAUCUACAGUACAAUUCUCAUAUAUAAUGAACGUCCGUAGCAAAUUCUUCAACGAACCCACUUGAACAAAAUGAAAGGUGAUAAUACCUCCGAUCAAAUCUCCGAUGACCCCAAGGCUCCACUUCUACCAGUCGAAAAUCCUGUAGCUCAACGGUCACAAAGCUUUGAUCAGUCCUCAUCUGUGAGCUCCCUUCUCACGCCAGGAAAUUUCUACAUCCUGUUAGGACCCCUUUUGAGCGCUAUAAUAUGCAUGUUAGUGAAGCUAAACGGUGCUCCGGUAGCUAGCCGGAAUAUGUUAGCUAUUAUUGCUUGGAUGUUCUCUUGGUGGCUGACGGAGGCUGUGCCUAUGCCGAUUACUUCAAUGACACCUCUGUUUCUAUUUCCCGUGUUUGAAAUUGAUUCUUGUGAUAAUGUGGCCAAAUCUUAUAUGGAUGAUGUGAUUGCCCUUGUUCUUGGAAGCUUUAUCUUGGCUCUUGCUGUAGAGCACUAUAACAUUCACAGGAGAUUGGCCUUAAACAUAACCCAAAUGUUCUGUGGAGAUCCACUAAAUCCACAGCUGCUCCUCCUCGGCAUUUGCGGAACCACAGCAUUUGUCAGCAUGUGGAUGCACAACGUGGCGGCAGCGGUGAUGAUGAUGCCUGUCGCGACUGGAAUCUUACAGCGGCUUCCGAUGGGUCCCAACCAAGCACAAAAUAAUGUAGUGCGAAAUUUCUGCAAGGCAGUGGUGCUUGGGGUAAUAUACUCUGCAGCUGUUGGAGGGAUGAGCACGUUAACUGGGACAGGUGUCAAUCUGAUACUGGUGGGGAUGUGGAAGAGUUAUUUUCCUUUGGCAGAUCCAAUCAGUUUUAGUACUUGGUUGUUUUUUGGAUUUCCCCUGGCUUUGAUUAUCUUCUUUGCUUUGUGGGCCAUACUUUGUCUAUUGUAUUGCUCAAAGGGUUCUGGGCAAGUCCUAUCUGCUUACUUGGAUAGAGCUCAUCUUAAAAGAGAACUACAAAUGCUAGGUCCAAUGGCUUUUGCUGAAAAGAUGAUUUUAGCCAUAUUUGGGAUGUUAAUAGUUCUAUGGAUGACAAGAAGCUUAACAGAUGAAACUCCUGGUUGGGGAGCUCUCUUCAAUGGCCGUGCUGGGGAUGGAACUGUCAGUGUUAUGAUGGCAACAUUACUAUUCAUAAUUCCAAACAAGAAGCGAAAGGGGGAGAAAUUGAUGGAUUGGAACAAAUGCAAGAAGCUACCAUGGAAUAUAAUAUUGCUACUAGGAGCUGGUUUUGCCAUUGCUGAUGGAGUAAGGUCUAGUGGGCUGGCGGAUGUCUUAUCAAAAGCCUUGGACUUUCUGGAGGAAGCCCCAUACGUAGCCAUUGCACCUCUUGUUUGUCUAAUAAGUGCAACAAUUACUGAAUUUACAUCCAAUAAUGCCACUACAACCCUACUGGUUCCCUUACUCAUCCAAAUUGCAAAAACCAUGAACGUGCAUCCUCUGCUUCUCAUGGUUCCUGGAGCAAUUGGUGCACAAUUUGCUUUCUUGCUCCCAACUGGAACACCUUCAAAUAUCGUAGGGUUCACUACGGGACAUAUUGAGAUUAAAGAUAUGAUAAAGACUGGAUUGCCACUCAAGAUUGUUGGUAUUGCAGCACUCUCCUUUCUCAUGCCUACAUUAGGAUCUUAUGUUUUCAAGACCAAUGGAGAGAUUCGAUUUUAGUUGUACUAUGGUCAUGUGUGACUAUAUGUCUAUGAUUCGCAGAAGGUCUUCCCAGUUCAUGAGAUGAUGAUUAUUGUAUAGGUAUGUGUAAAAUUUAAUUUUUUUUGUGCAAGCCAAGAGCAUGCUCUUCUUAUGCCCAGAAUUUUCACUUCUUAUUUUGCAUUUUCAUUUCCAUUUACACUGAUUGUUAUACAUGUGUAAUGGUAAUGAAAAGAAUGCUGCUUGUAAUGUAUGUAUGCAUGUCUAUCCAUAAAUUAUGUAAGUAUUUGCACUGUAUAGCGUAUAUCCGAUCUUGUCAAUGUGAAAUACAUCUGCUUCCGAAGAA